UCGGAUUCUUACUAUCAUGUCUCGUAUUAUCGUUGUUGGUGGUGGUCUUGCUGGCCUCUCUGCUGCUCAUACUGUUCUUGAACGUGGUGGUUCUGUUCUUUUGCUUGAUAAGAAUGCCUUUCUUGGAGGAAACUCUACCAAGGCCACAUCCGGCAUCAACGGUGCUGGCACUGCAACUCAAAUCAAGCUUGGCAUUCCUGACAACUCGCAAAUAUUUUAUGAAGACUCUGCAAAGUCUGCUCGUGCCGAAAUCGUCCCUGCUUUGACAAAAGUUCUGACCUAUCAGUCUGGGUCAGCAGUGGAAUGGAUUCAAGACAAAUUCAAGGUCGACUUAUCCCUUGUGUCUCGUCUUGGUGGUCACUCUCAUCCACGUACUCAUCGUGGAACUGAGCAGUUUCCUGGUAUGACCAUCACCUAUGCUCUGAUGGAAACGUUUGAAGAUACCGCCAAAGCCACGCCUGCUCUUGCUCAAGUUAUCAAAAAGGCAAAUGUGGUCAAGCUUUUGACCGAGGGCUCCAAGGUUGUAGGUGUGGAGUAUGUCAAGGAUGGGAAGCCAUUCAAGGAAAUGGGACCUGUUAUUCUUGCCACCGGUGGUUACGCUGCCGAUUUUACUAAUACCUCUCUUCUCAAAAAAUACCGGCAACUAUGGGAUCUUCCUACUACAAAUGGUGAUCAUUGCACUGGUGAUGGAAUCAAAAUGACUCUGGCUGUUGGAGGCAACACCAUUCAUAUGGACAAAGUGCAGGUUCAUCCUACUGGUCUAGUUGAUCCCAAAGAACCAGAUGCAAAGGUUAAAUUCCUUGCUGCCGAGGCUCUUCGUGGUGUUGGUGGUUUGCUUUUGGAUGCCAAUGGAAACCGCUUUGCAGAUGAAUUGGGCCAUCGUGACUACGUUACUGGCCAGAUGUGGAAGAACAAGGGUCCAUUCCGUCUUGUUCUUAAUGGCAAAGCUGGCAAAGAAAUAGAAUGGCACUGCAAGCACUAUAUGGGUCGCGGUCUUAUGAAGCACUAUAAAGGUGCUGCUGCCGUUUCCCAAGACACUGGCAUGCCACUCAAAAAUCUGGAGUCGACGUUUUCUACCUACAACAACAUUGCCAAGACCAAGAACGAUCCAUUUGGUAAAAAGUUUUUCCACAACACUCCAUUUGUGAUGGAUGACGAGUACUGGGUUGCCGUUGUUUGCCCAGUUCUUCACUUUACCAUGGGUGGAGUUCAGAUUGAUGAUCAGUCCAAGGUUCUUUCUCCCAGUGGUCCCAUUUCUGGCCUGUUUGCUUGCGGUGAAAUGGCUGGCGGUGUUCAUGGUGCCAAUCGUCUUGGAGGAUCUUCUCUUUUGGGAUGCGUAGUUUAUGGUCGUGUUGCUGGUGCAACUGCUGCUGCCUAUCUCAUGAAUCAAUUCUCUGCUGAGCGUCGACUUGGUGCAGUUGCUGGACACUUGGCCGCUGCUCCAGUGACUGUUACUGUUGGAGGUGUGACGGUGUCUGUUACUCAAGGCGGUGCUUCUGCCUGUCCAGCAUCUGGUGCAACAACCUCCUCUAGCCAUGACUCACAUCCGACCGAAUCGGCCAGUCCUGCAUCUGCAUCUGCUCCAACCAAACUCAAGGAAUAUGACCUUGCUGAAGUUGCAAAACACAACAAGGAUACUGAUUGUUGGGUGGUUGUCAAUGGUCAAGUGCUUGAUGCAACCAACUUUUUAGCUGAUCAUCCAGGUGGCAAAAAAGCCAUUAUGAUUUAUGCUGGACGCGAUGCUACCGAAGAAUUCAAUAUGAUGCACAAGCCCGAGGUUGUCGAAAAGUAUGCACCCGAGACUGUCAUUGGCACUCUCAAAAAAUAGGUAUACAAGCCAUUUAGCAGUUGAAUGUCUUUUAUGAUUUUAAAGAAACUACAUUGGGUACAUUAAACGACUGCUCAAAUAUAUAUUUUUUGCUUGUUUUACAUUUGUUUAAAGUGAGUAGACAUGAGAGUUGUUGCAUCUGUAAGCCAUCCAGUUAUUAUACAUCUCUCCUAUUCAAUACAUCCAGUCCCAUUUGUGAAUGAAUACUCAACUAUCAGUCCUAAAUAUAUUGGAACAUAAAAAUGAAUUUAAAAGAUUGGGAAUGCAGUUCCAACCAUGCAUAGAGAAUCCAACUUGUCAGUUCUCGACCACCAAUGGUAUUUCAGGCCAUUAAAAAUGUUCCUUUCUUAAAACAAACUUGACACGAUUAUCGGAAGCUUGAUCGGCGUGUUUUUUGAUUACUUUUGCUAAAGCACCGGGUCCACAAUAAAAGAUGCCUACUUCAACCUGUGGAUCUCUUACAUCAGCUACAUUGAGUUUGAUCCCAUUCAACAACUGACUCCAAGCGGGUCGACCAUAAUGAGUUCGACUUUGUAGCUCUGUUAGUGGAUCAACAUCCAUGUCGCUAUUUAGUAAGAUAUUUUGGAUAUCGUCCACUGCCAGAUUUCCAGUGAGAUAUGUGUGGAUUUCAAGGAAAGAGCGAGGAAUAGUUUCUUCCAAUGAUGCCAAAAGACUUUGAAACCACCCGAAUGCUUCCUUGUCACGAUUGAUCCAAACAAAAUAGACUUUUUUCAAAGGCAUGGAUGCUUUACGAUAGUAUCGGUACCAGACAGAUUUGAGGAGAGAUGCUGCAGGGGUGACACCGAUACCUGCUCCCACAAGAACGGCAACUUUGUAGUUGUAAAGAUCUUCUGCCGGAGCACCAUAUGGACCAUCUAUACGGAUUUCUGGCAAGUCCAUGCGCUUUUCAAUGUCCUGUUCGUAGCAUCCCAGCAUUUUAGCAGCAUUUUUUGUCCAAUCGCCAACAAUACGUAUGUGGAUAGAUACAAAGCCUUC